AUGGCUGCGGCGCCUGGAGGGUCUGCGCCGCCCGCCGGCCCUGGUCCGCGCUUGGCUUUCAGCACCACGGACAGCGGCGUCGGCAUGAGCGGGCUGAACCCAAGUCCCGCGGUGCCCAUGAAGGACCACGACGCCAUCAAGCUCUUCGUGGGGCAGAUCCCGCGGGGCUUGGACGAGCAAGACCUCAAGCCGCUGUUCGAGGAGUUCGGCCGCAUCUACGAGCUGACGGUGCUGAAGGACCGGCUCACCGGCCUCCACAAAGGCUGUGCCUUCCUCACCUACUGCGCCCGGGACUCUGCCCUCAAGGCCCAGAGUGCACUGCACGAGCAGAAGACCCUGCCCGGGAUGAAUCGUCCGAUCCAAGUGAAGCCGGCUGCCAGUGAGGGCCGAGGAGAGGACCGGAAGCUGUUUGUGGGGAUGCUGGGCAAGCAGCAGGGUGAAGAAGAUGUCAGACGUCUGUUCCAGCCCUUCGGCCAUAUCGAGGAAUGCACUGUCCUGCGGAGUCCAGAUGGUACCAGUAAAGGCUGUGCCUUUGUGAAAUUCGGGAGUCAAGGGGAAGCUCAAGCUGCCAUCCAAGGACUACACGGCAGCCGGACAAUGACGGGCGCCUCCUCCAGCCUGGUGGUGAAGCUGGCAGACACUGACCGGGAGCGCGCGCUGCGAAGGAUGCAGCAAAUGGCGGGCCAGCUGGGUGCUUUCCACCCAGCACCGCUGCCCCUCGGGGCCUGUGGCGCCUAUACCACUGCGAUCCUGCAGCACCAGGCGGCGUUGCUGGCGGCAGCGCAGGGUCCCGGGUUAGGCCAGGUGGCCGCAGUGGCCGCCCAGAUGCAGCACGUGGCGGCCUUCAGCUUGGUGGCUGCACCGCUGUUGCCUGCGGCAGCUAAUACAUCGCCUGGUGGCAAUGGCCCUGGUGCACUCCCUGGCCUUCCAGCGCCCAUGGGAGUCAAUGGAUUCAGCUCCUUGACCUCCCAGAACAACGGACAGCCCGGCUCCGACACGCUCUAUAACAACGGGCUCUCCCCUUACCCAGCCCAGAGCCCUGGCAUGGCUGACCCCCUGCAGCAGGCCUACGCUGGGAUACAUCACUAUGCAGCAGCCUAUCCCUCCGCCUAUGCCCCAGUGAGCACAGCUUUCCCCCAGCAGCCUUCAGCUCUGCCUCAGCAACAAAGAGAAGGCCCCGAAGGCUGUAACCUCUUCAUCUAUCACCUGCCUCAGGAGUUUGGGGAUGCAGAACUCAUACAGACAUUCCUGCCCUUCGGAGCUGUUGUCUCUGCCAAAGUCUUUGUGGAUCGUGCCACCAACCAGAGCAAGUGUUUUGGGUUUGUUAGUUUUGACAAUCCAACCAGUGCCCAGACUGCCAUCCAGGCCAUGAAUGGCUUUCAAAUCGGCAUGAAGAGGCUCAAGGUCCAGCUAAAGAGACCUAAGGAUGCCAACAGGCCUUACUGA